UGCAUGCCUGUGACGGUCCAGCCAGCAAUAAGCUCUGGGAAAGAAGUGGUGACAAAAUCAAGUCCCUGUUCCCAGCAGCUCAUAAACAAGGGUGAGGUGGCUGGAGCCAAAUGGGCGAAGAAACAUAUAUGUCAGGAGUGGUUUCCUAGAAAGAUGACAACUGCCACCAUUCACAGGAUCUUCCAAGAUGAGGAGGUCCUCUGGCCCCAAGGCUUGGCACAAAAGAAAUGGAUGGCCUGUGGCUGGCUGGGCACACACUGUCUUAUGCUCAGUAACUUGUCUGGGAGCUCCGGUGUCCUGAGCCUUCUGUUUGCUCUUAAUCAGGAAGAUGGGCAUCAUUCCAUAGCAGUUUGCAAAUGGGACUCGGAAAGCGUGUUGCGGAACAAACAGAACUAUGCCUGUUUCCCAAAUGAUGAAGCUCCCAGGCUCGGAAGGAAACCCCUUCGGUUGUGUGCGAGGACCUUUUCUGCUCCCUGGGGUCCAAGGAAGUGGAGCUCUGGGCCUCAGGUCACCAUGGCACUGCCGAGACCGGCUCUUCACUCGUCUUGGUCCCUGGGGGGCAGCGGCGCCAUCGAGUCCUGGUGCAGCCCCCAGGUCUUCAUGCCCUGUCCCUGCGGGCAGUCGUGGCCAUCCCACCCCGACGCGACUCCUCCCCCUUUGCCGAGACCACCACUGGCACAGUCGACUCCCCUUUUCAACUCAAGCCGCCACUCUCAUCCCCGCUUCCCUCUGGAACCAACAGAUGGCUCCCUCUCCCCCGCCUCAGGGGCCUAAAACAUAACAGCUCUUUACUUGCGGAGUUGGGGUGGGUAGGUGAGAGAGUGCACCCUUUCAGAAACCCCAAAAUGACCUCUGCUUCCGAGAAUGGGAAGCGGGGAAGGAGAAAGAAGAAACUCUAUUCUUCCUUUGGGCAUUCAGAGCAAAAGCAUUAGCGAAUGCCACUUCUACCCCACACCCACACGGCUGAAACCAAACCAAAGACCAAUUUUUUGGUUGUACUAAAUUGCUCACCUUGUUACAUUAGCCUCAUUUCACAGACAAAGAAACCGAGGCUUAGAGGGUUUAGUUACUUCAACUGCCACUUGGCCUUGGGUCAGAGUUUGCAGAGAUACCUGCCUCACCAUUUGCAUACUCGGUGGGACCAGUGUCAGGUUGUGGGCACUGCCCCAAACUGCGUCCGCUCGGCUCUAAGCAGUUACUCACCUGCUGGGACACACCCUCCAUUACAACUUUAGCCACAACCAGCAAACGGGUAGGACUUGACCAAGAGACAAUUACAUUCCAGCCACUGAAGGCAGAACUAGCUAAGCCUCCUUCAGGAAUGCAUCACCAUGGCUUAGGACUCUACAGCUUAGGUGUGCUUGAUAUUGAUCACCUCUCUUGGACCAGACACCCUGCUCACAGUUUUACGUAUAUUAUCAUAUCAUCCCCACAAGAAUCCUACUAUUAUCUUUGCUCUCCAGAUAAGGAAAAGGUUGCUAAGAGCUCUGAGUAACUUUCCCAAGUCCUGUAAUAAGCUGGUUGGCUAAGUGGGAUAUGAGCCUGAAUCUCCUAAUUUUAAUCCCCUGUUCUUCCCAUAAUGUAUCAGUGAAGAUAACUGGGAAAUUUCAUUUUUCAGAGAAAUAAAAGCAAGAGAGGGGAAUGCCAAUGUUCACUCCUUCCAUUUGUGGUGACACACGGGUAGACAGUGGACCACAGGGAAAGCAAUCAGACGUUUCAGUCUCAGGAACUCAGAGAUGGGAGAGCAGCCACUACAGUGGUUAUUCCACAAAGGACCAGCAGGUAGCACCAUUGCACAACAGCUGCGUACCCAACAGCUCAACUCAGACCAGAAUGGGAGGAUGCAGCCCGGAGGAGUGGCCUGCUUUUCAUUAAGUCACUCGAAUGACCUGACGAGGGAGUUUGGAGACAAGAUACACAGAGGGAAGACCCUAUGAAGACAUAGGGAGAAGACAGCCAUCUGCAAGCCAAGGAGAGAGGCCUCAGGAGAAACCAACCCUGCUGACACCUUGAUCUUGGACUUCUAGCCUCCAGAACGUUAUUGAAGGCCUAGCAGAGACCUCACCUGCCUCUGACGUGGCUGUGUCUGCCCUGACCGCUGGUGCCGGAAGGCUCUCUCUUUCAUCCCGCAGGCCCCUGCUCCUCUCCCUGGCCUCAGCUGGAUGGACCAGGGGACGCUUCAUGGGCCUCUGGGGCCUGGCACAGAAACACGUGCCCGCCAGAGAGUGUGGGAUGGAGAAGUGAGAUUGAGCCAUUAGGUGACCGUGACUGAUGCCUGGACAGAGGACCACGUGGAGCCCAGAGCCACUUGUCAGUCAACAUUGGGAGAUAGGGGUACAGAGGCUGUGGGUAAACUGAGAGAGGUGGUGAGCAGAGGCAGGAGAGUGAGGAGGAUGGAUGGGGUGAGGGGGCAGAGAGAGACCCGAUUCUUGUCCUCAUUUGUGAGACCCCCAAGGAGGCCUUGCAGCAAACCUUCCCUUUACUGGAGCCCACUUGCUGGGGCCUCUGUUCCUGCCAACAGAAGAGCUAGUUCACAUCUCCUGGACUGGACCUUGAGCACCUCGAGGGCAGAUGCUGUGUCUCAUUCAGCUUUUAUUCCCCGCAGCACAUACCACGGGAGCAAGGCAGGGAGCGUGCAUAAGGGAACCGGCGCUACCGGCCUGCCUCGAAAACACGGUGUGUUUGAGCUUUAAUGCCGAGUGUGUGCAACGCAAGCCUGGGUAAGGAGUUAUUCAAAACCCAUGGGCACUUCACACCCACCAGGAGGGCCAUAAUCAAAAAGAUGACAGUACCAAGUGUUGUUAAGGAUGUGGAGAGAUCAGAACCCUCAUAUGCUGCUCCCGGGAAUGUAAAAUGGUGCGCCAGCUGUGGGAAACAGUCUGGCAGUUGCUCAAAAUGUUAAACAUAGAGUCAUCGUAUGACCCAGCAGUUGUACUCAAGAAAAAUGAAAACAUACAUCCGUCCAAAAACUUGUACAUGGAUAUGCAUAGCACCAUUAUUUAUAAUGGCCUCAAAUUAGAAACAACCCAAAUGUCCAUCAGCUGAUGAAUGAAUAAACAAAACGUGGUGUGUCCAUACAAUGGCUUCUUAUUUCAGAAUAAAAAGGGAUGAAGUACCGAUACAUACUACAACAUGGAUGGACCUUGAAAACACUGAGCUAAGUGAAUAUGCCAGUCGCAAAAGACCACACUUGCUUCCAUUUAUAUGAAAUGUCUAGAAUAGGAAAAUCCAUAGAGAUAGAAAGUAGAUUAGCGGUUGCCAGGACCUGGG